GAAUAUGUAAGAGCGUUCAAGCACCGAGAAGACCCCAAAGCUAAGCUACGAUUUGGGUAGACUCCCAUUUUACUGGUAUAGAAUCGAGCACACCCGAUACUAUAAUGGAUCCGCUCUCCGUAAGCGCAAGUAUCAUAGCAAUUGCAACGCUCGCUACGCAAACCUGCUCCGCUCUCUCGGACCUGCGGUCGCUUUGCGAUACCUUGCCAGGCCGGCUCCACGCUGUGAACAAUGAGGUUGCCGACCUUAAUUUCGUUCUCUUCCAGAUAUCAGUACUCGUGAGCGAUCGAUCUGGCUUACCUGAAAGUAAACUUUCACCUAUCCCGCACCUUUUAAAACAAGCAGACAGGAAGUUAGUCGAGGUCAAGGACAUUGUCAGCCAGCUGGCCUCCGCUUGUCGCGUUUCACGGGCUCCCAUUUUCCGAGCGCAUGCGUGGCGAAAAGAACAAAGCAGAUUGCAGACACUCCAAGAAGAUAUCAGAACUGUCAAGGCUAAUUUGAACAUAAUCCUUGGCGCUUCCAACUCACAGGACAUGAUGAAAAUUCGCCUAGAUAUAGAAGCGAUAUCUACAGUCACCCUACAAUCCUCGCAACAACAAGUAGCGCUUCAAGACAAUUUUCUGAGCGGGCUUGCCGCCGUCGACGAGCGUAUCGCCAGGGUUGAGGAGAUGCUACGCGAACAGGCAGAUCAGGUUCAAGCCAGUCAGUUCAAGCAAGUCGGCUCAUCGUAUGACAUGUCUACUACUCGAAAAAUACGAGCACCAUCGAAGAAAGAGCUAUAUACGACGACGACAAGAUCAGAGGGAAUGGGAGUCCGCGUCACGCCAUUCAUAGUUACAUGUCGGUCCGGGUGCCCGUGUGCUUGCCAUCUACAGCAGAAAUCGAGCAGCCCUGCGCUCUUAAACCGCGUCCUAGGCCGGCUCUUCGUCGGGUAUGCUGGGCUGCCGCUUUUCAGUCCGAAAUGCAAUUCUUCGGCAUGCAAAAGGUCACGGGCAAGCCAAGUGAGCCUGGAAUACUGGUUUCCUUCAGGAUUCCUAUCAUCCACCAUCGUGCGAUUGCAAGUGGGCUACCAGCCCAAUCUUGGAAGUUUGUUGCAGCUGGAUACACUAAGAAGGGUGCCAGACACAGCACAAUGCGUCAGUUUCGCACUAAAUGGAGACACCGAAGGUCUGAAAUAUCUCUUUGAGAAAGGCCUAGCUUCUCCUCGCGAUGUCAGCACCACUCGAGGUUACUCCGUUCUUCGGUGGGCCCUUUACGGAAAACAGUACGAAACCUGUAGGUUUCUGAUAGACGCAGGUGCGGAUGCCGACUAUCGGCCGAUUGCUGCAAGUGAUAACAGUCCGAGGAACAAAGCAUGUCAUUUCCUUCUCGAGGGGGGUCUGUCUGAUACGGCAGUAGCUGCUCUACGUAGCAUUGCGAAAGUUGGCUAUUUAGAGGACUUCAUAGAAGAAGCAGGAUUCACAAGAACGCAUAAGAUCGUCCUAGGUCUGUCGUUGCUGAGCCUUGAAGAUGAAAUCGCUCAGAACCCAGAUGAUAUCAACAGUGUAGAUGCGAUGGGUCGCACACCGUUGGCUUGGGCAGCCGCACGAGGAGACACGCGUGCGAUUGUCACGUUGUUGGGCCAUGGUGCUGAUCCAAAUAUAAUGGACAUCCAACUCUCUGGGCCCUUAUCAAAUGCGGCAGCCCAAGGUCGCACUGUUGCCGUUCGCCUGCUGCUAGAAGCUGGGGCGCACACCGAUGUCCCUAACCCCAGUGGUGAGCGAAAAGGCACCCCCCUCAACUGUGCCGCCCGGAAUUCCACAGAUGUUCUGCUUUUGAAAAGCCUUCUCGACUUUGGUGCGGACGUUGACGCAAGUGGUACAGAUGGGAAAACAGCGCUCAUACACGCAUCCCGAACUGAUAAUGCCAGCUUUGCUAUGUUACUACUGGAAUAUGGUGCGGAUAUUAAUGCCAUAUCCGUCGAUGGUUCGACUCCCCUUACUACUGCGAUCACGUAUAACAGCCACAACGUCUUACAGCUCAUCCUUGAUCGGUGGCACGAAUACUGUGUAUGCCCGCGACUGAAGGGGCCACACCUGCUUCAGAUAGCUGCGCUAUACGCUGACUGCGAGACGCUUCGUAUUUUGGCUGCAACCGACCAUUUCCGAAUGAAAUACGACAAGCAAUAUACACUCGGGGAUUUUAGGAACCGCUUACGGCAGCGCCCUGAUUUAAAUGACGACUUGGCCCUCGCUUUUGAUGACCUAUUGAGUAUUAUCAAUCAGCUUCCAAGCGAGAGGGAGACGUCGCAGGACCACCUAGAAUCAGGUUUUUAUUCCUGCUUUCCUCUAAGGGUCAAUCCGGAUAUGGGAGGUCUGAGUAAAGAGCCCAAUAGUGGUUGCAGUUCCGAUGGUAGCUUCCAGGACGCGCUCGAAAGGCAAUCGCCGGUAACGGAUCGCUUAGAGGGGACUUUCUUUUAAAUCCCAAAGCUAGAAAUUUGUCCUUUGGUUUUGAAUAUACUUGUCGUCGCUAUUCCAUUCUACUCUCUGCUACGUAAGCGUAGGACGGGCUAGGGGUUACAGGACUACUUGGUUUAGUCGCGUAAUUUAAUUGCCGCUAAUGCUGUCUUCCCCACUAUAAUGGGUUCGUUGGUUCGCAAGCGCAAUACGACGGGGCGAACAAAUCAUCUAGUGGAU